GGCUGUGCGACUCUGACUCUCUGCUCUCUCUCUCCUGGACUACAUCACAUCACAGCGACCACACAGCAGCAGCAACUUCUAAACACAUCGGAAAUACGGAGGAAGGAGGUUUACUGUCGGGGACAUCGACGGCUAACAGCUACUGAACCUACCGGGGGAGAAAGACAGCCCGUCUGAGCUGUGCUGGAGUGACUGGUCCGGUUCCCGUCCAUCCAGUGAGCCUAGUGGCUGUCGGCCCAGUGAGCUGCUUGAGGUGUCUCAGAGCUGUGGAUUGCAUCAUUAUACGACAAUAGCAAUUGGGAUCAAAGCUCUCCCUCCUCUUCUUCCUCCAUCUCUUCCCCCCAUUUCUUUUUCUCUCAGCCUGACUCCCCACACACACACAACCCUCUGACCACUCCUCCCACGCUGGUCACGGUCCACUCCCCCUGUCUCUCCAGCCAGUCAGGCAGUGAGUCGAUGGAAGCUGUGUAAUCCUCUGUAAAGUAUAGGGCCUAUACGGCUGCAUAUGCUCCCUUUUGUCAUGGCGGCUGUUGUUGUUACAGAGGCCUCCCUCAGGAGAGCACAUGAGGGAGAAGAGGAGGCAGCAUAAAGCUCACAAAGGGAGGAAGAGAGAGCGAGAGAGUGAGAGAGUGAGUGAGAGACACUGACGCUGCCAUUUAUUUGACCGGAGGAGAAUGAGCUUCACAGGGCAACGGAUGGAAUUCAAUGGGGGUCAAACUACAUGAUGUGGGACUGGCAUUACCACCCCACGCCCAUCACAAAUUGGACCAACAGUCAACUUUGGAGAUAUUUGCCACAUAGUGGCCCGCAGCAAGGGAUGCAGUGAAAUAGAGAAAAGUAGACGAGACUUUUUUUUCUUGGUUUAGAAUAUUUUUCUAUUUUUCCUCUUCCUGGUGGUCGUUUCAUUUACAGCCUACCAAAAGUGCCUUUUUUCUGUUACUUUUUGUCUAUUUUUUUUUUUACUCCUCUUGCUCUAUAUUCAUACUCCAUAUUGCCACAGAUUAUUGCAUGCAACUUAACAUACAUUAACUGUCACAUUCAACGUGUGUUGCCAUAUUUUAGAGAAGGUACAUAGUAUAUUUGACUUUGUUUGUGGGCCACAAAACCAGCCUCCAUCCAAUACACAGUUGACAAUCCUCGCUUUUCUGAAUUUAGUGUCUUCUUGGGGAGAGCUGAUAUAGUCCCAGCAUUAAAUCACUGAGAGUCAGGUUGCGGCCGACCAACGUGACUUUCUGCACCGCCUUCUCCCAACCUUUGUUGCUUUGACGACGCAGAGCCGUCGCCAUGGUCAGUAUCCAUUCCAAAUGGCGCUACCUUUUCAUGUUCCUGGGCAUCCAGCUGGUGGUCAUGGCACUGCUGUCCCGAGAGGGAUACCAGAAGAGGGUCUCCUACUUCAUCCGCAUCUUCCGCAAGCCUGACACCACUGGUUUGUCAGGACGCAACCACACGGCACCAGGCAUCGCUGGAGGGGAUGUAUAUGCCAACCUCUCCCACCUAUCCAAAGGUCAAAGCCAUGGAGAUGAAAUGCCCUACUGCCCUAAGACGUCCCCUCUUAUAGGUGGGCCGAUCCACGUCAGCUUUCCGUCGGGGCUCACUCUAGCAGAGGUUCAGAGGAAAAAUCCGCUGGUGGUGCGCGGAGGACGCUACAGGCCGCCCGACUGUGAGGCGAGGCACAAAACAGCCAUCAUCAUCCCCCACAGACACAGAGAACACCACCUGAAGUUCCUGCUGUACUACCUGCACCCUUUUCUGCAGCGGCAACAGCUGAACUAUGGGAUUUACGUCAUCCAUCAGGCCGGAAACUACACUUUCAACAGGGCCAAGCUGAUGAAUGUGGGUUUCCGUGAGGCCAUGAAGGAGGAAGACUGGGACUGUCUCUUCUUCCACGACGUGGACCUCAUUCCAGAGGACGAUCGCAACACAUACGUCUGCGACUCCAACCCCAAGCACGCAGCCAUCGCCAUGGACAAGUUUGGCUACAAGCUUCCGUACAAGAUGUACUUUGGGGGAGUGUCAGCUCUGACGCCGCUGCACUACCUCAAGAUGAACGGCUUUCCAAACAACUACUGGGGCUGGGGUGGAGAGGACGACGAUAUUGGAGUCAGAGUGACUCUGGGGGGGAUGUACAUCACUCGUCCAUCAGUGAGGGUCGGCCGUUACAAGAUGAUUAAACACAAGCUGGACAAAGGCAACGGUGUGAACCCAAAGAGGUUCAACAUGCUGGCCAAGACACGUCAGACCUGGAAGAUGGACGGGAUGAACACAGCUGAAUAUGAGACAAUCGCACGUCAAUACAUGCCUCUCUACACCAACAUCACCGUCAACAUCGGCACCGAGGCCGGUCUGCAUCCGCCUCCCCCGACACAACCACCGCCUCCUUCCAAAGCUGCAGGCAAACCUGCAGUCAAAGCGCCUGCCGAAGUCCCAGAAAAAGGCCCAGCCAAAACCCCUGCCAAACUCAAAGAGGGCCUCUCAUAGGAAUAGUCUACCCAGAAGAGAGCGCUAAUCAUGUUCCACUCUGCCAUAACUUCAAUGGGAUGAUCCCAUUAGUACAUGCUGUAGGACGGCAUUCCCCCCCACUUCGUUUUAAGCUUUUUCAUCAGAAUCAACAUCGUACUUCCUGCGGAUAGCGGAGCGCUCAUUUGCGUGAUUAAAACACCUGAUUUAUUAAAAAAAAAACAAUUUCCUCAACCCUGAGGUGACGGUUCUCCACCCUGGAUCCUGUCACAUUCUUCUUCCAAGGGAGCCACAGUGAAGAGUGGAGGGUAAAAGUUGGACUCUAUGAGUUUAUAUAUCUACAGCGCUGUGGUCGCUGGUUAAACCUUGUGAUGCCUUAGAAGCUUGUUCUUUUUUUUUUGUCUUUUCACUCGUACCUUACAUUAUUUAGAAUAUUGGGUUUGGUAGAGCAGUAGCUGCGAUUUCCAGCAGUCACACUAAUUUUUGUUGUCUCAACGCCAAUGAACACAUAAGGGACAGGGACGGUUUCUGUUUUCCAGUUGAGCGUGUGAAGCUGCUACAACGAAUGAAGGAACUUGACAGAUUUGUGUGUUACUGUUGCUACUAUUACUGCUUCUGACAUAACUGCGCACAUAUCCCGUCUGUCUGCAAAUAUCUGGGUUCUCGUUUAGAAGCGGUUCCUCCUACGCAGAACUACAGCUGAUCUGUUCAGUCUAAUGUUUUCAAAGUUGUGAAUGCUGCACACAGAACUUUGCCUCCUUUAGUGCUACAUUUCAGUGCCGUACACCAAGACCAAGGUACGGUUCCUCUAUGUAGCGUUAGUGCGUUCAGUCUAGCCUUUCAAAUUUCAGCCAAUAUCUACAACAUUUGAUUGAGUUUUCUUUUUUUUUGCGUGUUUUUGUGUAUUUGCCUUUAUCAAAUAGAGCAGGUCUUGGUGACGGUGAUCAGUCUUCUGCCUUCAGAUGAGCUUGAGAUUCACAUCAAAAUGGAGUCUGUCUUGCUUAUCAUUUCUUUAUAUACAGUAUAUGUUGAUUAUGUGCAGUGUACUCUAUAUAUAUAUUUAUAUAUAUAUAUAUAUCUCCUUAUGUAAAUGUGCCCCUAAAGAGUGCUGGCUCCCUCCCGUUAACACUUUAUAUGCAGUCAAUAUUUAUAAUGUAUCUUUUGCCCAUCUCCUGUCUUUAAUCUAAACAUAUCGUUGAGAAAUGAACCAGAAAAAAAAACAUUUGCUCUGCACAGAAAAAGAGUAAAAGAAAAGUCACUUCUGCAGCACUGUCAGGUCCACAAGUAGAGAUUAGUAAAUGCUGCUGUUUCAAGCUCGAGGUACCGUAGCCAAAUUUAUCCAUGUAGACAAACGAGUUAGUUCAGUACCUUGAGUACUACUCAUGAUUUAACUGGAAAUCUUAAGAACAGUUCCUGAUAUCUUUAACAAUGUUGUUAUCCCAGUUAGAGGCUCACCAAUAAGGAAACAGGCCGUGUUUCUUUCUCUUUUCUUUCCCCCUUUUUUGUUCUUUCAAUCUUUUCAUUUCGAAACAAUUUGUCACCUGGUGUAAGCUUCAAUAUUGACCCAGUUUCUCCGCAGCGGGACUCUGAAAGCCAGUUCCUUUAAUAACAAGUUAUCACACGGAGACGUCCGCUAUUUCCUUUUCCACUAGUGCCCGUAUUCUGCAUGUCGACUCUCCUUCUCUCCACUCUGACACAUUUGAUUGUAAAGACGAGAAUACGAAAACAGCCCCCUCCCUCCAGUGAGAGCAGCGCCGGCUGCGCUGGCAGGUGAACGGGCUGAAACCAAAGACGACUGCAUGGAAAGCUGUGAUGAUAGAUACAAAAAUGUGAGUGUGUGUGCGGUAUACUUCAUAUGUUAUGAAUGAUUUCUUUAACACUGUAGUAUUCUAGGCCCAUCAUCUCUUCCUAUCAAUAUGUGUAGCAUUUUUUAAUUCUGUUCAGAGAAUCUCAAACCGACAUGUAUUCAGAUUUCCCCAAAUUUACGAACCACAGAUGGAAAAAACAACCUUUUCUUUCAGUGAAGGGAUGAGGAGGGUUUGUGAUGAUUAUAAAGUGGUUUCUUUCUUUUUUAAAAAGCUGUACUGAGAACUUUCUUUUAUCUUCAUGUCAUUGUGGUAUUUGUCUGCAGAAGUGGACGACACAAGCCUGUGAUUUUCAUAAAUAGAUGACUAUAUUCUGUAUUAUCAUUUUGAUGUGAAUUCAUAUUCAACCCCUAUGGCCUUAGCAACACACACAAUACUCGUAUUUCAUCACUUAGCCACUAAUACGAUAGCAUCUUUAUAUAAAGAAUGAAUAUGCAUGGCAACGAACCUGUUAGUGAUGGAAUGUACUGAGAGCACAAUGUCGGGACGAUACAUAUCAGUGCUCAUCUAGAUAAUAGGAAGCAUGCUGAAGUGUCUGUGUUGUGAACUGGAAAACUGUCUCAUUGUGACUGUAAAUGCAAGUUUCCAUCUGCCGUGCUGAGCGCUCCUCACACAUUCGAGGAUAAAAGCGGGGCAUUUCUGAGCAACAUAUACAAAGGAAGCUUCUAUUCCCAAAGUCACAACGUACAGUCCUCCAUCAUUAUUAUCAUUUGUUUUAAGCUGCUUUAUAUGUUUGAUGUGACUCCGUUUUGAUGUGGAUAAGCUCAGCAGCAAUAGAAAGCAGUCAUCACAGGGUAGUACUGAAGCAACCAAGGGCAAUGUGACUUUGUGAGUUAUUUCUGCUCUCUUUAUGAAUUCUGCACAGUCCAGAGUGGCCUUAAAUUCAUUAAUAAACUGAUUAUUCAAAAGA